AAAAUGUCUGAGAUAAAAAAUGCACAAAAUGUCUUAAACGAUCCUACAAAACGUAUUGAAGAAAAAAUGCGAGCACUUUUUUAUUUAAGAAACGUGUUGACCGAUGAAUCAGCUCUGAUAAUAGGAGAUGCAAUUUAUAAGAACACGAGUGUUUUACUGAAGCAUGAGAUGGCGUAUGUUCUUGGGCAGAUGAAGCUGCAGUGCAGCAAGGAAAUACUGAUAAAGGUUCUUGACGACGAAAACGAGGACGAGGUGACGCGCCACGAGUGUGCCGAGGCACUCGGCAAUUUCAACGAUAAGGAGAUGGUACCAAUACUGGAGAAGUACUUGCGACAUGCAUCGCUACCUUUGAAAGAAACUUGCUACUUGGCAAUCAAGAAAAUACAGGAGAGCAAGGAUGGAGUAGACUUGUCCAAGUUUGAUUCGAGAGACCCUGCCAUUCCGCUGUUCAAGGACAUAAAUGAACAGAACAUUGAAUGUGCCGGUAAGAUGCUGGAUGAUCCGAACGAGUGCCUCUAUAGGAAGUAUAAGGCGAUGUUUUAUCUGCGAGACUGUGGUACAGAAAAGGCCAAAAAAUUUCUUGUAGGUGCGUUCAAAGAUGAAAGUGCGCUUUUGAAACAUGAGUUGGCGUUUAUCAUGGGACAGAUGCGUAUGGACGAGGGAAUUGAAGUUCUGAACAAGGUGAUGAAUGAUGGUAACGAGCACGGUAUGGUGAGACACGAAGCAGCAGAAGCUUUGGGUGCGAUAGCUACCGAUGAUUGCUACAGGUAUCUGCAGAAGAACAUUGAUAGUGACUGUGAUAUUUUGCGUGAGAGCGUUCUUGUUGCGCUUGAUGUUCUCCGCUACGAGAAUGGUGAAGAAACAGAAUACGCAUGCGUGUUGUAAAACGAGCAGGUACUGCACUGUUUCUGUUAGCGAAAGGGGUAAGAGCGGAAUAAAGUCUUGGAUAGUCGAUAAUUAGUGUUUAAGGAGGAUAAUUUGUUUGAUAUUGACAUGAGGUGGCAGCAAUUUUAACGUUGUAAUUUGCUAACUACGCUACAUACCGACAGUUUGAUCAGCUAUGAACCUCGGCAGGGGCACGUUCUCCAUGUUUUGUGUACUUUAGCCUUCUUCAACAAAAAUUUGGUGUUUACAAGCACUUUACUGUUCAGCAUACCUCUAGGAGAGAGCAAUCAUACGGUCACAGGUCCCUAAUCCGGUACUAUCGGUGCAUCUCAGCGUACCAAAACGGUACCAUUCCGUUUAUACGCCUAUUCCAAAUAAAGAAACUAUUUCAUACUGCAGUAUGCCACGAUUUGAAAGAUCACAAAUUAUGUGCAGGAAUAGGUUGAUUGGAUCGCAGUAGCAAAUAUGAACACGGAAAUAACAUUUGGCGGUAUUUUGGAAUCGUAAUCUUCACGGAUCGGUCACCGUUUUGGUAUGGACAAGGUAAAUAUUCGUAAUUUAGAUAGCUUUGAUUCGAUCUGUGUCUUAACGAUAUUUUGCUGAUAUCACUGAUAUACGUGAUUUGGAAUACACAGACGAGAUCGUUUCUUGUACCUAGGUAUGAUGUCAAAGAACCAGAGAUCAUUGGCCACGGCUGGUUACAGCUGACCAGAAAAACGUGCUGUUCGGGUGUACAAGAGCUAAAUAAACGUACUUAUGUUGAAGAACAGGAAUAAUAACUGUGCAGAGAGACUGAUGGCAGUAACCGAUCAUUGCGGUAUGCUAGUUAUUAGGCCACAAAGUUUGGUGCGAGCGCGGAUUGAAUACACGAUCAUACAUGACCCGUUGUCAUCUGUGAAUGCCAAAUCGUUUGAUCACUAUAGUUUCAC